UUUUGAAUCAUAAAAUGGUCGAAGCAUCGAACAACACUAAGACGACUAGCGGGGAAUCCCCUGAAGAGUUGCCGAAGGGCCUCAAGCUUACUCCGGCCCAGCUAUUACCCUUUGUGGGCUGGUGCAUCCUCUCGAUUAAAGAUGAGGAUGGACACAUGCGCCAGAUAAAGGGUUCAUAUGAUAUCGUCCCUUUCCACGCUACUACGCUUGACAAUGGCGACGUGCAGAUCACGACUCGGCUGUCGUUCAAGAACCCUCUCAAGUUCCUCAGCAUCAACAAUGAGAGUAACUACUACUUCUCCAUCAAUAUGAUGUUCGGUGCCUUCGACAAGAAGGACGGCAUGAUGGCGAUGCUAUCAGGAGCCAACAACGAGGCUAUCUGUGACUCUCUCCCCGAAAAAUGCUCCGCUCUGUACGAGAAGGCAGCAUCUAACGGUGGAUCGCUGGUGGUCAAGGGAGAUGUCCCAUUCGCAGACGAGAGCCCAGAGGUUGAGUUCAAGGUGACAACCAAGGAGGUUAAGCUACAGACAAGAGUUUCGUCAGUAUCAGUAGUAAUUCCUAAAGCCACAUUCGAUCAGUGGAAGCUCUAUCACGAGGCUGUCCAUCGUUCAUCUAAGAGGUACGAGGAGGAUGACAGUGACAAGAAGAAGGAUGAUGAUGAGAAGAAGGGCGAUGCUAAGAAGUCGGCCGAUGAGAGUUCGAGCGAGUCGACUAAGAAAGAGUAAAGACUUGCUUACUCCGUCGGCUUAGUGUGCCAUACACCCUAUACACCCUAUACACCCCAUACACCCUCGAAGUUUUAUGAC